UGCGGGCCGGCGCCUCCCCUUCCCCUCUUUCCCCUGUGGAGAUCAGCGGCUGAGCUGGCCCCUCUUGCCAGGGAAAGUAGGUGGCAUGUGAAUGUGAAAAUGAAGAGUUUAUAUAUUUUCCUUGCUGCCCUCUUCAUCCCAUGGAGUUUUUCAUUGGCAAAGUAUGAUGAAUUUGAGGAUGGAGAUGAUAUUAUGGAGUAUGAUGAUAAUGACUUUGCUGAAUUUGAAGAUGUUACUGAAGAUGCAGUCACAGAGUCUCCUCAGAGGAUCAUCACUACAGAAGAUGAUGAAGAAGAAGCCACUGUAGAACUUGAAGGUCAGGAUGAGAAUCAGGAAGACUUUGAUGAUGCAGAUGCACAGGAAGGAGAUACCGAGAGUGAACCAUAUGAUGAUGAGGAGUUUGAAGGCUAUGAAGAGAAACCAGAUGCAUCUCCUAGCAAGAGUAAAGACCCUAUAACAAUAGUUAAUGUCCCUGCUCACCUUCAAAACAGCUGGGAGAGUUAUUACAUGGAGAUUUUGAUGGUAACAGGUCUUCUUGCUUACAUCAUGAAUUACAUCAUUGGAAAGAACAAAAACAACCGUCUGGCUCAGGCAUGGUUCAAUACUCACAGGGAGCUACUAGAAAGCAACUUUGCUCUUGUUGGGGAUGAUGGCACUAAUAAAGAAGCUACAAGCACUGGGAAACUAAAUCAAGAAAAUGAACACAUAUAUAACUUGUGGUGCUCUGGCAGGGUGUGCUGUGAAGGAAUGCUUAUCCAGCUAAAGUUCCUCAAGAGACAAGACCUACUGAAUGUUCUUGCCCGCAUGAUGAGGCCAGCUUGUGACCAAGUGCAAAUAAAAGUAACAAUGAAUGAUGAAGAUAUGGACACCUAUGUGUUUGCUGUUGGAACAAGGAAAGCACUGGUGCGACUUCAGAAAGAGAUGCAGGACCUGAGUGAGUUCUGCAGUGAUAAACCCAAGUCUGGUGCAAAAUACGGGCUUCCAGAUUCGCUGGCCAUCUUGUCGGAGAUGGGGGAGGUCACAGAGGGAAUGAUGGACGCAAAGAUGGUACAUUUCCUCACACACUAUGCUGACAAGAUUGAGUCUGUCCAAUUCUCGGACCAGUUCUCCGGUCCAAAACUUAUGCAAGAGGAGGGUCAGCUUACAAAACUGCCCGAAACUAAAAAGACACUUUUGUUUACAUUUAAUGUGCCUGGUUCAGGCAACACUUCCCCAAAGGAUAUGGAGUCUUUGCUGCCUCUGAUGAGCAUGGUUAUUUACUCUAUUGACAAAGCAAAGAAGUUCCGUCUGAACAGAGAGGGUAAACAAAAAGCUGAUAAGAACAGGGCUCGAGUGGAAGAAAAUUUCCUUAAGUUGACUCACGUGCAAAGACAGGAGGCUGCCCAGUCCCGUCGAGAGGAGAAAAAACGGGCAGAGAAGGAGCGAAUCAUGAAUGAGGAGGAUCCAGAAAAACAGCGUCGGCUAGAGGAAGCCGCUUUGCGGCGUGAGCAGAAGAAACUAGAGAAGAAGCAGAUGAAGAUGAAGCAAAUCAAAGUGAAAGCUAUGUGAAUCCAUUGUGGGAAACCUGUCUCUGUCUCACUUGCAGAGUUUUAAUUCACAGGGUACAGAGGUGUAGUUAACUCCGUAAUCUUACACAUCUUUGAACACUAAUAGCCAUUAAGAGAAAUGCUCCAUGCAUUGGUGUUGCUUUUUUGAGUAUUACAGCAACAUGCAGAUGUAUGUAGAGAGCUUUGUCUUGGCAGUUUUAUUCCAGGUGGUUAAAAUUUUUGCUACAUGUGUCUCUCUCAAAAAAAAAUGCAAUAUUCCUGAAUGCUUUUUUGUCAUUAGUUCUUAAAAAAAAACAGAAGAUUGUAAAUCUGUUCACAUAUGCUGGUAACAUAUCAAUGCUUUGGUUUUAAACUUUGCUUUUAGUUGUUGGGAGGGAGGGGGGAUUUCUUAAAAGGAGGAAAACUGCACCAUGAUCAUUUAGUGUGCAUUUAUUUGCAUCAAGCUUGUUAAAGCCACAAAACUUAGAGCCUUCCAUACACAGUAUGUAAACUUCAGGGAUUUACAACCUGUAGAAGUGAUUUUUCUUUUUUUUUUUUUUUUUUUUUUUUUUUUUUUUUUUUUUUUUUUUUUUUACCAACAAGGGACUGAAACAGUAUUAGUUCAUCUAUGGGCUUGACUGGCAUAUGUGUAAAACAUAUAGAUUGGUUAAAUGUCAGGGAAUGAUAUACGCAAACACUGUUUCCUACUUGUAGUUUUGAAUGCUGCAAGCUUAAUACAAUGUGAAGUUUGUAAUAUAAGCGUGGUGUUUCUUCAGGAGUGAUUGCAUGGUGAGUUAGCAGCUUCAACUAGCUUUCCUUGAAUAUUUUUAACUGUACAAAUUUGCCUCAAAUACUUUUCUCCUAGUCUGAGCAGCUGCUGCCUAGUUGACUUCAGUAAGAAGCUAAAUUCAGUGAAGUAGCUGUGCAAUUGCCAAUUUCCCCAAACAAGUAGGAAAUGUUUCAGAGGAUAUGUAUCCUCUUCAUCUGGUAAAUGGUCAUGUAUGGUUUUUGAAUAUAAAUGGGGGGAAGGAAGUGAAUGCCCCUGUGCAAACACUUUGCUAUCUGAGAGAGCUCUGCAUUUUAUAAAUGCUUCCUGUCUAGAAGGCAUUUUAUUGUUGCUUGUAACACUCUUUACAGUUUUGUGGGGAAACAAUGUCUUGCUUUCUUUUGUUCAAUAAUUUGUGUAAAGUUUGUCCUGAGGCACUAACAAUGAGCUGCUGUUGAAUUUCUUGUUCCAGCAUGGGAUACUUCACACUGAUUGAAAUGCAAAAGUCUGUAACCUGAUACAUGCACAUGUGUUAAUUUUAUAAUGGUUGGUAUAAUUAUAAUUAAUUUUAAACCAAAACUAAUGUAGAUUUCAUGAAAUCUUAGCGUUAUUUAGCUUUAAAGAUUAAGACUAAUGCAGUAUUGUUUCAAAAUGAUUCUUUAAAAGGAAAUACUAGCUUGUGCGCUUUGAAUAAGUGGACAGCUUUCCUGAAGUCCCAUAUAUUUUGUGGGCUGUGGCAGCUAAUUUUGUAAUGCGGACAUUCAAAUGAACUACCUAAUGAAGAGUAAAAUAUGACUGAAACACUGCA